AUGGCGACUAAACCGGAACACAAUGACACUAACUUCACGGUCUUUAUUCGUCUGCCAUUUCCGAGAGGAGAUUUUGUGGAUCCACCACCGGUGGUAUGGAAUGCUGCUAAAGACCAGGCGUUAUGGGGUAUUCUUUCUCGACCGUCCAAGGGCGAUGACAUAGACUGGAAAGCAUUGGCUGAUAACUUCGAUGUCACUUUACAAUUUUUACUCCAGCAAGCAGCAUGGCUCUAUGAUCGCCAGCUGUCACAGGUUCGGGCCCAGAUGCGGAAAUUUGACCCGACCGCUCAGUCAAACUCCCCGUCACCAGCUCCGGGCUCUGUGUCCGGGAGCACAGCACUGCCGGGGCCACCGAUGAAGGAUAUUCCUGUAGUUGGACCACGAGGGCCUGUCCGACAGGUGACUCAGCAGAAGGAACCAUUUCCGCGAGGCAAGUUUCUGUCUAUUUCAGCCAGUGGUCAUGGUCGGAGCACAAGCUCUACCUCGACCACAACCAUUAACCAAAUCCGCGGUUCUCGAGAUCCGUCUCGCACCGAUACCCCAACAGCAGAAGGUACUGAGCAACGGCGGGAUUCUUAUGGCCGUCGCCCAUCCAUCAACAGACCCCAACCCCCAGUGGCUCCAUUCUUGCGGUCUCCUCCAUUAGAGGAAGAAAAUUUAUCAUCAAGCUCCCCAGAUUCCGACUCAGAAGAUGAAGCACUCCCAGCUCAGCGCUUCCGGCGGUUUGGACAAUACUCUAUACACCGUGCCGGCCUUAGAGACGACGAAGACGACGACGACGACGCACCUGCCUUCCUACCACUACAUCGGGAACCCGAGCAAGGUCCACGAGAUCGACCAGCCCAGGAACUUAGUGCCACAUUACGGUUAGACGCGGAACGUGCAGCCCUAGCACGGCGGCGUAUCGCCGAGCGAUCUGGGCAAAGGAUGCCCGUUGCUUCGGAGUCGUCCGCAAGCUCGAUGAGCUCCGGUGCUCCUGUGGUUGUGCAGGGAGGACAAGCGGGUGCUACAUCAAGUCACCAGCGCUCUGGGGAACCGUCUCGGCUGAGUCCCCGGAAGUCCCAUACCUCUGGCACACAGGCAAGUGAUGGGACUCCAAGCAUGGGAAGCAGCUUCAGUGAUUUGGAUGAUGCGAGCGUUACACAGUCAGCGUUGGAGGAGGCUCUUAUGAGCAACAUGCAGCAUGGCGGGAUGGCUAGCAGGAUGAGCACUAUCAGUCAAGCUUUGCGUAGUCGUUAUUUGCAGUGA